CUAGGGAAUGACAGGCAUCUGCUCAGGCAGACUGCGUUACCUUGGCCGGGUGUCUUCAUUGGCUGCCUAUUAGAAAAACUGCAGGACAAUGCAUACCACUGCCUGCGACUGUAAACAUAGGGGCUAUGUGUUCGCUUAGCGUGGACUUCUGGGAGGGGCCAAGGAAGGGAGGUCUGCACUUUUAUUGAGUAAGGCAGUGUGCGCUAGGCUGCCUGCCUGCCUACUGCUCUCUCCCUGUGCUCUUGCUUAAAGGAAUCAGUCGUUCCUCUCCAACGUUGUCCUCGGGAAGAAGUUUCAGCUUCAGGGAGGUAUUGAUAAAAGAUUUCCAGAUCAUCCAAUCUGCAGGAUUUGGUGGUCCUCAGAAGGAUCAGAAGUGAGCAUCUGACUACUUAACUACAUCAUCUGGUCUCCCUAAACCUUGAAACCUCACCAUGGAUGAUUUUGAACGUCGCAGAGAACUCAGGAGACAAAAGAGGGAGGAGAUGCGUCUGGAAGCAGAAAGGAUCGCCUAUCAGAGAAAUGAUGAUGACGAAGAAGAGGCAGCCCGGGAACGGCGCCGCCGAGCCCGACAGGAAAGGCUGCGGCAGAAGCAAGAGGAGGAAUCCUUGGGACAGGUGACCGACCAGGUGGAGGUUCAUGCCCAGAACAGUAUCCCCAACGAGGAGGCCAAGCCAGCCACCACAAACACUCAGGCAGAAGGUGAUGAGGAGGCUGCAUUACUAGAGCGUCUGGCUCGGAGAGAAGAGCGACGCCAAAAACGUCUACAGGAAGCCCUAGAGCGGCAGAAGGAGUAUGAUCCAACAAUAACAGACUCCAGUCUGUCACCGCCAAGCCAAAGAAUGCAAAACAAUACAGCAGACAAUGAGACUACCGAGAAAGAAGAAAAAAGGGAGAGUCACCAAGAAAGAUACGAGAUGGAAGAAACAGAGGUUGUCACCAAGCCUUAUCAGAAGAAUGACUGGAGGGAUGCUGAAGACAAAAAGAAAGAAGAAAAAGAAAAGGAAGAAGAGGAAGAAGAGAAGCCAAAGCAAGAGAGCCUUGGAGAAAAUCAGGUAGAGGUGAUGGUAGAAGAGAAAACAACAGAAACUCAAGAGGAAAAGGUGGUAAUGGUGUUAAAAAAUGGGCAGAUCAGUGCAGAAGAGUAUAAAUUAGAGGAGGAGAGGGACCAAUGCUCAGGGGAGAUUUCUCAUAAUGAAAAGGAAGAGGAAGAAAGAGAAAGAGCCAAGGCAGAGAGGCUAAGGUUGGAAGCAGAAGAAAGAGAAAGAAUUAAAGCUGAGCAAGAAAAAAAGAUAGAAGAGAGAGCAAGAAUCGAAGCAGAAGAAAAAGCAGCUGCUCAAGAAAGGGAAAGGAGGGAGGCAGAGGAGAGGGAAAAGAUUAAGGAGGAAGAGAAAAGGGCUGCAGAGGAGAGAAGGGCCGCGGAGGAGAAAAAAGCCGCGGAGGAGAGAAAGGCAGCAGAGGAAAGGCAGAAAGCCAAGGCGAAGGCAGAGGAGAAGAUUAGGAUAGAAGAGCAAAAACAAAAAGAGCGGCUAGAAGAGAAAAGGGAUGAAAUUCAAGAGACAAAGAUGAAAGGGGAGAAGGUACAAGAGAAAAGAGAGGGGAAACGGGUAAAUGAAAAGAAAGUGCAAGAAGACAAACCUCAUACCGCUGUCCUAAAGAAACAGGAAGAAGAAAGGGAAGCUAAAGGGCAAGCUCAAAAACAAAAGUCCCAAGAAGACAAGCCUGCUUUCAAAAAGCAAGAGAUCAAAGAUGAGAAGAUUAAAAAGGACAAGGAGGCCAAAGAAGAAGUUAAGAGCUUCUUGGAUCGAAAGAAGGGAUUUACAGAAGUGAAGUCACAGAAUGGAGAAUUCAUGACCCACAAACUUAAACACACAGAGAAUGCUUUUAGCCCCAGCCGCACAGGAGGCAGCAAGGAGGCAGAGGGCGCCCCUCAGGUGGAGGCCGGCAGGCGGCUGGAGGAGCUGCGGCGCCGGCGUGGGGAGACCGAGAGCGAGGAGUUUGAGAAGCUCAAGCAGAAGCAGCAGGAGGCGGCCCUGGAGCUAGAGGAGCUGAAGAGAAAAAGGGAGGAGCGCAGAAAGGUCCUGGAGGAGGAGGAGCAGAAGAGGAAGCAGGAGGAGGCAGACCGCAAAGCCAGGGAGGAGGAAGAGAAGAGGAGGCUAAAGGAAGAGAUUGAGAGGCGAAGAGCAGAAGCUGCUGAGAAGCGCCAGAAGAUGCCAGAAGAUGGUUUGUCAGAUGAUAAGAAGCCAUUCAAGUGUUUUACCCCCAAAGGCUCAUCUCUCAAGAUAGAAGAGCGAGCAGAAUUUUUGAAUAAGUCUGUGCAGAAAAGCAGUGGUGUCAAAUCAACUCACCAAGCAGCGGUUGUCUCCAAGAUUGACAGCCGCCUGGAGCAGUACACCAGUGCAAUUGAGGGAACAAAAGCUACGAAGCCUACCAAACCAGCAGCCUCGGAUCUCCCUGUUCCUGCUGAAGGCGUGCGCAAUAUCAAGAGCAUGUGGGAGAAGGGGAAUGUGUUUUCAUCCCCCACUGCCUCAGGCACACCAAAUAAGGAAACCGCUGGCCUGAAGGUGGGAGUUUCCAGCCGCAUCAGUGAGUGGCUAACUAAAGCCCCAGAUGGGAACAAAUCGCCUGCUCCCAAACCUUCUGACUUGAGGCCAGGAGACGUAUCUGGCAAGCGGAACCUCUGGGAAAAGCAGUCUGUGGAUAAGGUCACUUCCCCCACUAAGCAGGUUUGAAACAGUUCGAGAAAAACCCAAGCUCAAGACGCUGGACCAGCUCACUUGUAGAGGGCUAAUUGCUCUGUUUUAUAUUUAUGUUGAUUUACUAAAUUGGAUUCAUUUUCUUUUGUUUUGUUUUUCAUUAUCCCAAUAAACCCAUGUAUAUGAUCACUAUAUUUAAUAGUCACAUCUAGAGAUGCUCAUGGCCAACUUUGCACAGGAGCCAGUUUCGAAAGAGACCCGUGCUGUGAAAUAAGAGACUUUUCUACUGUUCACUAGAACCCCUUGUCUGAAGAGGGAUACCAACCACAGCGGAAGUCAGCAAAGGGAGAUUCAAGAUUAAGAUUGCCUGAGGAAUGUGUGCAGUGUCUAGAAAAAUGAACCAUAGUUUUCUAGAAAAAUGAACCAUAGGUUUUUUUAUUCAUACAGAAGUGACAUUGUUUCUGCACUUUAGAAUAAAGCAUGGAAGAAAUUAUCUAAAGUAGGCAAUUGUAACUGUUUCUGAAAUAACCCAUAUCAGAUUUGAUAUACGGCAAUAAUGAUUGUCUUUUUUUAAAAAGAAGAUGUACUAAGGUAUUACUUUUUUUCAUGCUGAUUCAUAUCUAAGUUGGAUUAUUAUUUUAGCUGACAGUGGUACUGAUUUUUUUAGGUUGGUUGCUUUGUGGAUUUCUUUGGUAGUGAUAGUGCCUGAACCACAUUUUAGAUUACUCAAUUAUGUAUGUAUGUGCAUACACAUAUACAAACACACUAAUGGUAGAAAGCUUUUUCAUGUGCUAGACUAUUAUAUUUAGUAGUAUGUCCUUGUAACUAGCCAAUAUCACAGCUUUUUAAAAAUUAAAAAUCACAAUAUUAUAUUAAUAUUUCGUAUUUGCCAAUAGAAACAUGGCAGAUAGGUAUCGAUAUGUUUUCAAUGACCUGUAAUAAAAAAUACUUCAACAAAGAGAGAUAAGAAAUGUCAAAAAUGAGUUGAAAUUUUCUAUAACAUAGUAUUUAGUUUAUAACUAAAGGCAAUCUUGAAGUCCAGCGUGAAUUGUGUUAAAUCUAUCAUCUGAAUCAAGCUCAAAGCCUGCUUAUUUGUAACAAUAAAAUUCACAGUAAGUUGGCCUACAUGAUACCUAAGACCUAUUCCUUCACUAAAAUGUAAAGACAAGAAUUUCAGUGGUAGUAUUACACAGACUGGAAUUCUGCAUAGAGGUCUAAGCAAAGGCUGACUCUGGUUCAUGUUUAGAAGCAAAUAAGUGAAUAAAAUCCAAUGUUGAGGAAGCAUGACAGUAUUUCCAUCUCUAUAUACUCUGCAACUUUUUAAAUUAAACUUUUCUACCUUUCUUAAUCAUUGGUACUUGUUAUAAGUUCAUAAUGUGUUGAAAUUUCAAACAAUAGGUGUUAAUUUUAUGAGUUUUGCUUUUCCCCAAGAGUCAUUACUGAUUCACUAUUUUUGUACAUACAUAAUCCAGGCAUCAGAUCUUAUUUUAUUUUAACCUGCAAGUCUUUCACAAUAGAUGAUGGAAGAGGACUCCAGUGUUUUGGCAAAAUAUCCUAGGAUAGACAACACAUACAGUGUCAUUAUAUAAACUCAUACCUAAUUUGUCAAAAAUUGCCUUUGACUCAUUCCCUACCACACUGACAGGGCCUCUUAAAUAACUGAUCCACACUUUUUCUCCCAAAAAGCUAGCUUGUGCAGAGCUGACUUGAGGAGUAACCACUCCUUUCUAAAGUCCAUUUCCCCUUAAUCAGGAAAGACUGGUGGAAUCCCGUCUUUUAGCAAACCUGGGCCCACAGAAGAUAACCCACCAAGAUUGCGUACACAUUCCCAGCCACCUAUGACAGAGUAGACACAAGUCUAUAAUAAGAUAAACUAGGAUUUACAUAAAGCACCUGUGUAAAUGACUACCGUCACUGGAG